CGAAAAACUGAGGCAGCAAAUCGCCAUCCGAGCUUUCUUUUCCAACCUCUUUUUUAUUAUCGAGAGCAUUUCAUCACCACGACUCUCCAUAGCUGGCUUCCUCUGAUACUGGAGACUUCACGGUAUAACUGAUAUACAACCCUUUCAAUCACUAGUUAAUAUGGCAGAGUCUUCGCUGCAGGAUCGCCUGCGCGACCAAGGCGGAGCCUUUGAUGGCCUCCUGAGCCUCAUCCCAGCCAAGAUGUACUAUGGUGAAGACAACAGUGAUCAAUGGAGCAAGAAGAAGCAGACAAAACAAGAGGCUGCCGCUGCCCGACGCGGAAAGCUGGAUCCCGACAGCGAGCGGAAUCGAAAUGCCAAGGAAGUCAUGGAUGAACGAGCCAAGAACAAGCGAAAGCUGCGUGAGAUGGAGCAGCAUGACGAUACUGAUAACGAAGAUGAUUGGGAAGACUACGAGCCUGUCCCUGGCGUAGAGACCGAGAAGCCUGGCGAGGGGCUCAAGGCCAAGACAACGGAGACCAACAAGAAGCAGAAGCUCAACGACGAGACAGAGACAGAGGCUAGGGACACAACCGAGACAUCUUCUUCUAAGACGUCGAAAAAGGAAGAGAAGAGGGCGGCUAAGAAGGAAAAGAAGAAGGAGAAGAAGGCUGAGAAGAAGGCCAACAAGACAGAGACUCCUGAAGCCGAGAACAAGGAUGUACCAACUCCGACACCAAAGGCUCAGAAGCAAGCUGCGAAGAAGCAAGCCAAGGCCCUUGCUGGUAAAGCCCAGAAGCAAAAGGAAGUUAAGGAGGAGGAAGAGACAACAGCCCACGGUGACGGUGAGGUUUUACCUAUGGACAUCUCGGGUCUGGAGAACGAGGACGAGGCCAGCGCCAACUCAAGUCACGAAUCCGAGCCACAAUCUCCUACCUUUGACACCAACGAUUCUACGACAACACCCGCGGAGACAACCGCCGAGCCUGCCAGCACUACUACCUCCACCUCAUCCACUAUCCCUCCUUCAGAGAAACCCAAGUCUAUCAAGCUCCCUGCCGACACCUCUGCUAUCCGAGCACGUCUCGCUGCCAAAAUUGAAGCGCUUCGUGCCGCCCGAAAAGCUGACGGACCUGAUGGCAAGCCAAUUCGUACACGCCAAGAGCUCAUUGAGUCGAGAAGAAAGAAGCAAGAGGCUCGAAAAGCUCACAAGCAGGAGAUGCGCAAGCAGGCUAAGCUGGAGGAGCAACGAAAGCGUGAGGAAGCUUUAGCAUCUAGCUCACCAGGUGUUAUGAGUCCCGCGGUUGAACUCGACGAAAAUGCUAGCAACUUCACAUUUGGCCGUGUCGCUUUUGGCGAUGGUGCUCAGCUCUCACGCGAUCUCGGCCACGUGCUGAGCCAAGGCAAGAAGAAGGGGCCCUCUGACCCCAAGACAGCCCUCAUCAAGGUCCAAAACCAGAAAAAGCGUCUUCAGGAGCUUGAUCCCGAGAAGCGUGCUGAUAUCGCCGAGAAAGAUAUCUGGCUGACAGCCCGUCGCCGUGCCGAGGGUGAGAAGAUCCGCGACGAUGAGGCUCUUUUGAAGCGUACCGUGAAGCGAAAGGAGGCCGCCAAGAAGAAGAGUGAGAAGGCCUGGCGCGAACGAUCUGACGGCGUCAAGAUGGCUCAGAAAGACCGUCAACGCAAACGUGAGGAUAACUUGCGCCAGAGACGGGAUGAUAAGCUGCUCGGUAAGGCGGGCAAGAAGAAGAAGAAGGGUGGAGCUGCCGGAGGCAAGAAGAAGAGCCGUCCUGGUUUCGAGGGAAGCUUGGGCGUUGGGGGCAAGAAGAAGUAAACCGAAGAAAUUAUGACGCGGCGAGGGGGAGGUGGAAGAUGAAGAGAAAGGCUGGUUGAGUUUUUACCCUUCGAUUUAUUGAAGAUACACGGCGCUGGCGGAGUUAUGGUCGGCAAAAAGGAGAGGAGCAUGAAAAACAUCUUCAGGACUCAGCUCGGCGAUGCAUGUACUACCUUAGUUGAUAUAAUCCAUCACUAUACGAAAGCAGAGAGCGUCUCGAAGGUGCUGUCAAGCCAGUUCAAGCCCAAAGUCCUAGUAGUACAAGUCCCCAUGAUGUCUUAUCAAAAGUUCCAGUAUCUUUGCGUUGAGUGUGUAAAUCC